AUGAGUUCCUACUGUUACCCGUCCUCCCGCUUCGACUUCACCACCGCUUCUGUGGCUAUCGCCCGGGAGCGUGCGGGUAGUCGGUCUCGCCCUGCUCCUCGGAGUCACCGGCCUCCUCAUGCGGAAGAUCGCCCGGACCCGUCAGUUUCCAAGGAUCACCCCCGAGCCUGUCACAGCCCUGUUGCCCUGGAUCGUGUCUCCCAAUACGAGGCCAUCCUCCUCGGCCCCGGCGAGAACAAGAUCGACGUCGAGGUCGACACCCGCAUGCCCUCCGCUGCGAUUUUCACCUUCCACAAGGAGGACCACACUUUGGGCAACAUGAUCCGCUCUCGCCUCCUCCGCACCGCCCAUGUCACCUUUGCCGCCUACAGGGUUCCUCACCCCCUGACUCCCAACUUCCAGCUGCGUUGCCAGACCGAUGGCGAGAUCACCCCCCGUCAGGCCGUCAUCAACGCCUGCCAGGCCUUGAUCAAGGACCUCGGCAUCCUGUCGCGCGAGUUCACCAAGGAGUAUGAGCUGCGCAAGAUGGCCAAUGCUGCCAACCAGCAGCAGAACAUCGGCGAGUAA